AUGGCUGAUUUUCUCGAGUCUGAGGCCGAGGAGAGCGAGGUGGAUUCUGAAGAGGACGAAAGGCCAGCCGAACGGAAGAAACCUAAGCGUAAAGCUGCUGUUCAGAGUGACGAUGAAGAUGAUGAAGAAGAAGACGAUGAGGAACGUCUUAGAGAAGAAUUAAAAGAUCUCAUAGAUGAUGCUCCGAUUGAGGAGUCGGGUAGUGAUGGGGAAGAUUCAGAUGCCAGUGUAGGCCCAAAGAAAAGAAAGAAAAGCGAUGAUGAGUUAGAUGAUCGACUGGAGGACGAGGACUAUGAUUUGAUUGAAGAGAAUCUUGGUGUCAAAGUUGCCAGGAACAAAUUCAAACGUCUUAGGCGUUUGGAGGAUGACGAUAGUGACAAUGAAGGCGCUGACGACCCUGACUUGGAGAGAGAAGUCAUUGCUGAGAAGCUGUUUGUUCCUGGAUCUGAUGAUGAGGACGAAAACCGUUCAGAAUCAGCUGCUCCACGGGAGGUGGAAUACGAUGAUGACAAUGAAGACAUGGAGUCGGAUGCUGAUGACUUUAUUGUAGAUGAUGAUGGAAGACCAAUAGCGGAAAGAAAGAAAAAACGGAAGCCUAUUUUUACGGAUGCCUCACUGCAGGAAGGUCAAGAUAUAUUUGGUGUUGACUUUGACUAUGACGAGUUCGAGAAUUAUCGAGAAGAGGACGAAGAAGACGAAGAAGAUGGAUAUCUUACUGAUGAUUAUAUGGAGGAGGAUGAUGAAGAAGGUGAAAGACGCAGAUUGAAAAAAGGCAAAGCGAAACGCCCUAGCAAGAAGUCUAUAUUCGAGAUAUAUGAGCCAAGCGAAUUGAAAAGGAGCCACUUUACUGAUUUGGACAAUGAGAUUCGUAAAACAGACGUACCGGAGCGUAUGCAAAUACGCGAAGUCCCUAUAACUCCAGUGGAGGAAGGCAGCACUGAACUGGAAGAGGAGGCAGAAUGGAUUUACAAGCAGGCGUUCUUAAAGCCACCUGUCUCGAAGGCAGACUCGCAAGAGGCGAGAGAGAGAUCCAGGCGUGGUGGAAGUACAGUGAUAAAGAUUCGUCAAGCACUAGACUUCAUGCGGAAUCAAACUCUAGAAGUGCCGUUCAUAGCUUUUUACAGAAAGGAGUAUGUUCAGCCCGAAUUGAGUAUCAAUGAUCUCUGGAAGGUUUAUAAAUAUGAUGCUAAGUGGUGCCAACUCAAGCAACGAAAGGAGAACCUCCUUAAACUCCUAGAGAAUAUGCGCGAAUUCCAAAUGGAUAAAGUCAUGGCUAACCCAGACGCUCCAAUUCCGGACAACAUGAGACUUAUCAAGGAUGAAGAUAUAGAAAGGUUGAAAAACGUUCAAACACCCGAAGAACUGCGAGAUGUUCACACACACUUUCUAUUAUACUAUUCCCACGAUUUGCCCGAGAUGCAGAAAGUGCAACGCACCAAGGAGAGGAAACAGGAAAUUCAGGAGAAAAAGAAAUUGGCUCGUGAAGAAGCCGAAAAGAAUGGUGAAGACCCAGAGGAAGCUGCAGUGGCUGUAGAGGCAGCGUUGCCUGAUGAAGAGGAACCUACUGAAGUGAAGUAUGCAGUACGCUCUGGGCCUUACGAGCUGUGCAGGAAGGCAGGACUUGAACCACUCGUGCGCAAGUUCGGUCUGUCAGCUGAGCAGUUCGCCGAGAACGUUCGAGAUAAUUAUCAGAGACACGAAGUUGAACAACCCGCAGUACCGCCUUUAGAGGCUGCACAGGAAUUUCUGCCAGCUGGCGGUUCAGCAGCAGAAGUGCUGCGUCGUGCGGUGUAUAUGUGUGGAGUGCAAUUGGCACGUGAGCCGUUACUUAGGAGCACGCUCAGAGACGCGUUAAGGGAACGUGCUACUAUCACAAUCAAACCGACCACAAAGGGAAUAAAAAUGAUUGACGAGAGUCAUUCCUGUUUUAGUUUGAAAUACCUUAAGAAGAAACCCGUCCGAGAUUUGACGGGCGACCAAUUCCUCAAGCUGACGAUGGCCGCCGAAGACAAAUUACUAGAAAUAUCCAUCAGUGAGAAUAUAGAGGGCAACACCAGUCCCAGUUAUUUGGAGGAACUUAAACAGUUGUAUCAAAAGGACGAGUUCGCGGCCACAGUGCAGGCGUGGAACGACAUUCGCGCUGAAGCGGUGACGUUGGCGCUCACCAAAAUCGUUAUGCCCGAGUUGAGACGGGAAUUGCAAGCGCUCCUCUUGCAGGAGUCUAAGGAAUAUGUGCUCAAAUGCUGUAGACGCCGUUUGUACGAUUGGCUGAAAGUUGCUCCGUACGAGUCUCGGGUCUCCGACGACGACGACGAAGAAUGGGAUGCAUCCAAUGGUGUCAGGGUUAUAUCGAUAGCGUACGUGCCCGAUCGAGAGCACUGCGCGUUCGCGUGCUCAGUGGUAGCAGGGGGCGAAGUCGCUGAUCAUUUGCGGCUCCCGCAUCUACUAUACAGGCGUAACGCUUGGGAUCCCAUGGAAAGACAACAUAAGGAAGCCGAUCUAACUGCAUUAAGAAGGUUCAUCUUUAACAAGAAGCCACACGUAAUAGUAAUAGGUGGAGAGUCUCGCGAGGCACUUAACAUUAAGGCGGAUGUAUCUGAGUGUAUACAGCAGCUAAUAGAAGAUGAACAGUUCCCCAGGAUACCAAUAGAAAUAGCUGACAACCACAUUAGCAAGAUUUAUAGUAACAGCAUACGAGGACGGAACGAUUUCAGAGAAUACCCCGACGUGCUUAGACAGGCAAUAUGCCAAGCGCGCCUACUCCAAGACCCUCUCAUGGAGAUAUCCCAGCUCUGCGGACCGGACGAGGAAAUCCUAUGCCUCCGCUACCAUCCCCUACAGGACCAGAUCAACAAAGAGGAUCUUCUAGAAGGAAUCGAACUGGAAUUCGUGAAUAGGGUGAACGAAGUCGGAGUGGAUGUCAACGAAGCGGUGUUAACUGGUCGGGGUACUGAGCUACUCCAAUUCGUCUGCGGCUUAGGCCCUAGGAAAGCUCAGGCCCUCAUAAAACUCUUCAAGCAGACUAAUCAAAAGUUGGAGAAUCGUACACAAUUGGUCACCGUAUGUCAUAUGGGGCCGAAAGUGUUCAUCAAUUGUUCGGGUUUCAUCAAAAUUGACACUAGUAGUUUAGGAGAUAGUACAGAGGCGUACAUCGAAGUUCUAGAUGGUUCAAGGGUGCACCCCGAGACGUAUGAGUGGGCGAGGAAGAUGGCGGUAGACGCUUUGGAGUACGAAGAUGAAGAUGCUAAUCCUGCUGGGGCUUUGGAAGAAAUCCUGGAGGCGCCUGAACGUUUAAAGGACUUAGAUCUAGAUGCCUUCGCCGAAGAGCUGGAGCGACAGGGCUUCGGUAACAAGAGUAUCACGUUGUAUGACAUUCGCGCUGAGCUGAACUCGAGGUAUAAAGACUUGCGAGUGUCCUUCGGGUCGCCGACAUCAGAAGAAUUAUUCGACAUCCUGACGAAAGAGUCACCUGAGACCUUCUACGUGGGCAAGAUGGUGCUGGCCACGGUCGUGGGUAUCACGCAUCGGAAGCCACAACGCGAAAUGCUGGACCAGGCCAAUCCAGUGAGGAACGACGAGACGGGCUUGUGGGAGUGUCCUUUCUGUCAUAAGAAUGAUUUCCCAGAAUUGUCAGAGGUAUGGAACCACUUCGACGCAGGCGCAUGUCCGGGUCAAGCUACCGGGGUCCGGAUACGACUGGACAACGGGUUAUCCGGCUAUAUUCACAUAAAGAAUUUAUCCGACCGUCACGUGACAGAUCCCACUGAGCGCGUGCGCAUCGGACAAACGAUACACUGCCGUGUACUAAAGAUAGACGUGGAGAGAUUCUCUGUGGACUGUUCUUCGAAGUCUUCGGAUUUGCUGGAUAAAAAUAAUGAAUGGAGACCGACGAAAGACCCAUUCUAUGACCAAGAGAGCGAAGAGAAAGACAUACGCAAGGACAAAGAGGCGAAACAGACCAAAGAACGAAUGCAAUACGUCAAACGGGUUAUUGUACAUCCGUCCUUUAGAAAUAUCUCUUUCGCCGAAGCGGAGAAGCUUAUGGAGAACAUGGCUCAAGGCGAAGUCAUUGUGCGGCCUAGUAGUAAGGGUUCCGACCAUCUCACAGUUACGUGGAAAGUAGCGGAUGGUAUCUGUCAACACAUUGACGUACGAGAAGAAGGGAAAGAAAACGCCUUUUCUUUAGGUCGCAGUCUCUUGAUCCAAGGUUCCGAGUUCGAAGAUCUGGACGAAAUCAUAGCGAGAUACGUCACGCCUAUGGCUGGUCACGCGAGAGAUCUUAUAGCAUACAAAUAUUAUAAGCCCCUGGGCGGCAUGCGAGACAAAGCUGAGGAGUGGCUCAAAGAAGAGAAAGCCAAAAACGCCAAUAAGAUCCACUACAUCAUAUCAGCGGCUAAGAACCACCCGGGGAGGUUUUUACUGUCCUACUUACCUAGGAAUAAAUGCACGCACGAGUACGUUUCUGUAACUCCAGACGGGUACAAGUUCAGGCAGAGGAUGUUUGACUCGCUCGGAAGUCUUCUGAAAUGGUUCAAGGAACACUUCAGAGACCCCCCGCCCAGUGGGACGCCGGUGCAGAGGACGCCAGCGCUGCGGACUCCUCACGGUGGCAUGACUUCAACUAUGUACCACACACCGGCAGCCCAUACACCCGCAUUCCAUACACCGGCACACACCCCGGGCCCUGCCUACAUCAAUACACCAUACACACCAUCCGCACAGACACCAUACAUGACACCGUUCGCGACGACCCCUAGACAACCGGAUUUCCUAACACCGGUAAUACCCAGGCACAAACCGGUUCCAGUCUUCACGGAACCGUCCGACUGGCAGAAGGCAGCGGAGGAUUGGGUGCGGCAUAGGUCUGUCAGAGACACGCCCUCGACCCCACGCAGCAGCGAAGGCAUGUCCACGCCAAGGCAGUCGCGUACCCCACGCAUGGAUUCCCGUUCGACCCCCCGACACGAUAUGAGAUCAACCCCCCGGCACGAUGUCAGAAGCACCCCUCACGGCCACAGCUCGGGUAGGUCGUCGCGGGCGCAUUCGGUGCGGUCCACUCCCCACACAAACACAUCCCCCAGGUCGAUGUCUCUCGGUGACGCCACACCGCUCUACGACGAGAACUAG